AUGGUAGGGUUUCUUUUUGUUCUUGUAGGUGAACUGCUUCUGCUGUCCGGCGUGCUCGUCCUGCUCCGGCUGGCGGGCGGCUGCCCAGAGAAGUGCCGCUGUCACUCAUCUUCGCAUUCCGUAGACUGCAGCCGGCAGGGCCUGGCCCAAGUCCCUUUGGGUUUGCCUCCGCAGACUCUAACGCUGCACUUGCAAGAUAACCAGCUACACCAGCUUCCCGCGUUUGCGUUCAGUUCAGUGCCACAGCUCAGGACCCUGAACUUGCGCAACAAUUCCCUUUCGCAUCUGGCCCCCGGGGUUUUCCACGGACUUCGGCGCUUGGAGGUCUUGAACCUAACCCAGAACUCCCUGCAUUCCCUGGAAAGCAGACUUUUCCACUCCCUCCCACGGCUGAGGGAGCUUGAUUUGUCCUCAAACAACAUAAGCCACCUUCCUGCCUCCCCGGGGAGGCCUUGGGAGAACCUGACCGUAUUUGCAGUUCAACAAAACCAGCUUCGGCAGCUUGAUCGAGCGCUCUUGGAGUCCAUGCCCAGUGUGAGGCUUUUAUUUCUCAAGGACAACCUCUGGCAGUGCAAUUGCCACUUGCUCAGUCUUAAACUCUGGCUGGAGAAAUUUAUCUAUAAAGGGGGAGUAACAGACAGUGUCAUCUGUGUGUCACCGGACACCUGGAAGGGAGAGGAGCUCCUGAAGAUCCCUUAUGAGCUGUACCAGCCCUGCCCUUUCCCUUCUCCGAAUGUGGGGUCCUCCAGGGGCCAGCAGCUGGGUUCUGCCCACCGGCCUGUCUCUGGGCCUCCUGAGAGCCACAGCGCGGGGCAGCGAGACCGCUCGGAGUGUGAGCUCAAACCCAAGCCGAGGCCUGCCAACCUGCGUCACGCGGUGGCCACCGUCGUCAUCACCGGCGUUGUGUGUGGGAUCGUGUGCCUCAUGAUGUUGGCGGCUGCCAUCUACGGCUGCACCUAUGCGGCCGUCACAGCCCAGUACCAGGGGGGACGCUUGGCUCAGACCAACGCGCCUGCGAAGAUGGAGGGAAAAGAGCUGUAUGACAGCUCACCAGCCUGAGAGCCUCCGUGUCAGAAAGCAAGAAUCACUGCAAGCCAGAGAAAGUGUCUGAGUAGGGCUGAUGCAUUCACGGCUAAGGUCUCAGUUUGCUUUACUCAAAAGGAAAAAAAAAAAAAAGACCUGUCUGCAUAAAUAUUCCAUGGGGGGGAAAUUAUGUUGAGAUGUUAAAAAUACUGCAUUUGAAAUAGAGAUGACACUUGUGCUCUGUGUCUGAGAA